CUCAGGACAAAGCACAUCCAGAGGUCCGAAAAGGGGGCUUGCUCUCUCUCCACCUGCUCUGUUCCAGUCAGAAGGCAGCAAAAAUGAAAAGCAUUUACUUUGUGGCUGGAUUGUUUGUAAUGCUAGUACAAGGCAGCUGGCAACGUUCCCUUCAAGACACAGAGGAGAAAUCCAGAUCAUUCCCAGCUCCUCAGACAGACCCGCUCAAUGAUCCAGAUCAGAUGAGUGAAGACAAGCGCCAUUCCCAGGGCACAUUCACCAGUGACUAUAGCAAGUAUCUGGACUCCAGGCGUGCCCAAGAUUUCGUGCAGUGGUUGAUGAGCACCAAGAGAAACAAGAAUAACAUUGCCAAACGUCAUGAUGAAUUUGAGAGACAUGCUGAAGGGACCUUUACCAGUGAUGUAAGUUCUUAUUUGGAAGGCCAAGCUGCCAAGGAAUUCAUUGCUUGGCUGGUGAAAGGCCGGGGAAGGCGAGAUUUCCCAGAAGAAGUCGCCAUUGUUGAAGAAUUACGCCGCAGACACGCCGACGGCUCAUUCUCUGAUGAGAUGAACACGGUUCUUGAUGAUCUUGCCACCCGGGACUUUAUAAACUGGCUGCUUCAGACCAAAAUCACUGAGAGGAAGUAAGUACAAUACUCUUCAAGAUCAUCUUCAUAUCACCAGCCAGCCACGUGGGAUAUUUGAAAUUUCAAGUUCUGUAAAUUUAAGACAUGUAUUCUGAAACCAUAUUGCUUUGCAUGCCAAUAAAUAAAUAAAUUUUCUUUUAAUGUUGUGUAGCCAAAGAUUGUACAUGGAAUAACCAUUGUCAAAAUAUUGCUAAAAUACCAACUUUAAAAUAUGAAAAUGCAAAAUUCUCUCAUUUUCUUAUUUUGGAUGAAGUUCCCUAAACUGCUUACAUUAGCAAUGAAAUUAUUUUUCUGUGGUCUAAUUUGUACAUAUAAAUUAUUUUAAUCAUAAUAUAUCUGCAUUUUAAUGGUAGAAUAAGGGAGGACUAGUAGUCACAGUGGUAAAACUGGGAAGAGACAUUCCUCUUGAAAUAUUUGUCAUAAAAAUGCUCUGCCUUCACUAUAUCGAAG